CCCAGGAGGAUGCGCUAACCGUCCUUACACACCAGCGAAUGUGUAAGAGAUAUGACAACCUGAGGGCGGGCUGAUAGCGAAGGACAGUCUAGGAAAGAAUCUAUUGCGCACGACAAGAGCGCGUAAGACAAGAAUGAAAUGAUUAGCGCGUCAUGAUAGUUCAACUAAUGUAAUCGAGCAGUGCAUGAUAGCACAGAAUCAAACUGUUACUUUGGAUUUUGUUUUGCGACUGGUAACUUUCAUUUGCUUUGGGCUGAUUUAAAAGCCAUUUUUUUUCAUGGAACUAUGUACAUCAAGUAGCAUACUGAUUUUUGUUCUGUUGGGAAAGCUUCAGUGCCUGAGUCCCCAUAGUGGAUACCGACUUAUGGACUUAAGAGUGGGUAAGAUACGUGCAGCACAUCAGGUACCCCAUUACCUUCAAAUAUGUCUAUGCCAUCAACCUUUGGAUUUACCCAAGAGCAGGUUGCUUGCGUCUGUGAGGUCCUUCAGCAAGGUGGAAGUAUCGAACGUCUCGGGCGCUUUUUGUGGUCCUUGCCUGCUUGUGAGCACCUCCACAAAAACGAGAGUGUUUUGAAAGCUAAAGCCGUGGUUGCUUUUCACCGAGGCAACUUCAGGGAACUCUACAAAGUUUUAGAGAGCCACCAGUUUUCUCCGCAUAACCACCCUAAACUGCAACAACUCUGGCUGAAAGCUCACUACAUCGAAGCGGAGAAACUGCGUGGCCGCCCUCUGGGAGCCGUGGGAAAAUACCGCGUGCGCAGAAAGUUCCCUCUACCUCGCACUAUCUGGGAUGGAGAGGAGACGAGUUAUUGUUUUAAGGAGAAGAGCCGGUGUGUGCUUAAAGAGUGGUACACUCACAACCCGUACCCUUCUCCAAGAGAGAAGAGAGAACUGGCCGAGGCCACUGGCCUCACCACGACGCAGGUCAGCAACUGGUUCAAAAACAGGCGGCAGAGGGACCGUGCCGCAGAAGCAAAAGAAAGGGAAAACGAGGGCGCAAAUCCAAACGGCCACAAUCCACUGACCUCUCAUGUGAACGAAAAUAAAUCUCUAUGUGAAAGUUCAGAGGAUGACAAAUCUCCCGCGGCGACCCCGGAUCACACUUCCAUGAGCCCAGGCAUCCUCUUGCCCUCCAGUUCAGGUCUGCCACCCCUGCACAGCUUUGCUCCACCUGGCCCCAGAGCCUCCAUCAUCCCCGUCAGCGGCUCAAACACUCAUCACCACUUCUCCAUGCACGACGGCCUUCUCAACCCCAUGACGGCAGGCCUGGUGGAACUUGGAUCAUAAGAAAUGAAACUCAUCAUCUUUGACUUUUACCCCCCAAAUAACUACUAGCUUCGUUAUCAUUUAUUCAAGCCUAGAGGACAUUAGCCUAAAAUCUCCAAACUACCAGAUGAUGGGAAAUAUCCGAUUGUAUCUAACCCAUACAUGGAGAAUAAUGUUACCAUCACAAAUUACUGUAACAAUUAAUUAUAAUCAAGGGAUAGUUUUUGAUAUGUCUAGCUAUUAAAAUAACCAAUAAAAUGUAUAUUUAAUGAAGUGUAAAUGUGUUGUGUCCUUGCAAUUGAACAAUAUGUGCUUGGUCUAAUUUACAUGUCACUAUGGAGCACAGAACUGUAUUUAUUAUGAUCGCUAGCAGAGAGGAAAUCUUUCAUUUUUUGAGCAGAACCGCUGCUGGAUCAUUACUGCGAUAAAAUACAUGCAAAAAACAUAAUAUCAAUAAAGUAUUUUUAGAUAUGUUUGUGUGUUAUCAUGA